AAAAUGACUAAUGAUAUACACAGAGUGACCAUUACAUUUACCAUUUUACUUAUUUUUUCAAAGAUUUUCUCUUGCAUCGUUAAUUAAUGCCAUCAUAUUUAUUAAUCAUUGCACAAUUUUAAAUGCGCUUUCUUCUGUUUUAGAUGAUAGUGAAGAUGAGUUUUUCAAAUCACUGGACAUUGACAACAUUUCUAAUACAGUAAGAACUCGGGUAGAUGAUAUUAAAAUCGAUGAAAAUCUGAAAGGUUUGAUGGUCACCGGUACAAUAGUUAAUAAUGCAAUAUAUCAGACGAACAUUAGCGUGGUCGCUGAAAAUGACGCAGAGUAUGAACAAAAUGUUAUAAACUACUACAUUGCAACUUCUGAUUUAAGAUCCGUUGACAGUGAAGUACAUCCAACAAAUAAAAGCACGAUCGAUGAAAAGGCAACAGCUAUUGAUAACACAGCAGAUAUGGUAGACGACAGUAAGGUAGUUGAAAUAGCGGAGGGACUGAUAGACAGUAUUGUUGUUGAAAACGACACAGAAAACGCUGCAGAUCAGACGGACCAUAGCAUGGUCAUAGAAAUUGAAGCAGAGUAUGGUCAAAGUAUUAUAAAUUAUUAUAUUAAGACUCAAAAUGCAAAAGAUAAGUGUUCUGUCGAUGAAAAUGCAGAAUAUCUGACAGAUAAUAUCACGAUUAUUGAAAACGAAGCAGACUAUCAGGAAAGAGUUAUAAGUUACUAUAUUGCAAGCCAAGAUACUGAUUGUGACAAAAAUGUCAUAAAUGUUGCAUCGAGAAAGCAAUGUAAUGACGAUGACAUGUGCAGAGGCCAAUCACCUAAACCCAAACGAAAAAAUUGGCGCAAAAAGCCUACUCGCCUACUGGGUAUAUUGACAAUGUAAAUACUAAUGGAAGAAAGGACGACGUUGAUAGUGGAUGUGAAAGCGAAAAUAUUCCUCUCAGCCAUUUUGUUGGACUUGGAAAAAGAAAGUCGUAUGAAAAGGAUAGCUCUGAUAGUGACAGUGGGUUAGAUAAACAUAUCAUCUUUCAUCCAAAGAUCUGAAUUCCACCGAUUCCGAAUCUAUGUCAGAUGCAUCGGAAAAAACAAAAAGAGACCGUAAUCAAAAGAAGAAAACUAAAAAACUAAUUGAAAAUGCACUUAGAAAUCUCGUAAGCUUCCUAAAAUGCAACCACAACAACAAAAUAAAGUCAUUAAAAGAAUCAACAACACUCUCCAUCUGCAAAAGAAAUAAAAUAUCAGACAUUUCAGAAAAGUAUGUAGCAGUAAAUGCAAGUAUAAAGGAAAAUCUUAUACAAAACGCAAGGAUCAGGGUAGCUGAAAGAACAAUAGAUGGUCUUCUCACAAAGAGUUCUCUAACACGGGUCAAAGUACAAGGCCAUGGAAAUUGCUUCUUUGAAGCUUCAAUAAAAUCAAGUGGAACAAAUAGAACCGCAGAGGAAUUAAGGGAGCUAUUAAGUGAACAUCUUGAGGAAAAAUCUGAGGAGUAUGCCUGCUUUCUACUCAAUAAGCACAAACCUGAUGAUGACGAAGUCUUUCUGAAUGAAUAUCUAAAUGAGGUAGAAAAUCUUAAACGUGAUGGAUAUUGGUCAAACAGAGUGGCUGAUUUUUUGCCACUAUCUUUAGCAAAUUUUGAGAAGAAAUGUGUUAUCAUUUAUACAAACAAAGAUACAACCAAAUCUUGCAGAACCAGCGCCAAGUGAUAUCAUUAACCUGGCAUAUAUCUCUAUUCCAGGACUUAUAGAACACUAUGACGCAUGUACGGUUGACAAUAACAUUGAUACACAGAACCAGUCUGUAAAUGAAGAGAAUGCAAAUGAACAUAAUAUUGACAAGCUGGUUGCUACACUAUUAAACAAAAAAGUAAAUGGUACUCCAAGAAAGUCUACACCAUUAAACGAAAAUGUCAGUGCUACUCCAAGAAAGUCUACACCAUUAAACAAAAAUGUAAAUGCUACUCCGAGAAAGCCUGCAAAUUACAACACUCCCGUGAAAAGGCAUUUAGUAAGAAAACGAAAGGCUACACCAGAGAACUGGAAACGAAAUAUAAAGACAAAACUACGCUUAAGUGGAAAACAGUAUAUCUCAAAGUCAGGAAAAGUUAUAACUAUGGGGCGACGACGACAUCCAUACCAUGUAAUUCCACUUAGAUACUCAGAUUUUCUUGAUUACAAAGAUGUAAAGAAGAACCAAAUUAAGGUCCAGACUAACGCUCGAGUAAAAGUGUCAUGGAUUCAGAUUCGACACAUGCGUUUUGUGAAAGACUUGCCCGAUACUAUGCUGUUCAAGAACGAUCUUAGGGAUGAUUUUACAGCGAUUAAGAUCGCAAAGGACGUCAAACUCAACGAGGUUGUACCCAACAAAUACAGACAGAAACUCCCUGUCUCUGCAGCUAAGAAGAAAGACUUAAUGACAUUGUGUAAGAAUGGAGCAAUUCCUAAAGAUUAUCACGUCUUGAGUAUAACAAAAACUUACCAUCAAGUGCCCCAGUGAAGGAUAGAUUACCAGAGUCAGACGUAGAGGAAUCUGAUGGUGAUGAAUCAGACAACUAUCCGAAAAUCAAUGGUUGCUUAACUAUUGUAUAUAAACGUAUUGACUGCAGAAGCGAUUCAUAAACCUAAAGAUUAUAAUUAAGAUCUAGUCAUAAUUUUAAAGGACUAUAAAAUUUAGUGAUAAAUGACAAUCUUUUGAGCAUGAAGUGAAAAGGGAACUAAAUGUUGCACAAGAUUUGAUAUCAAAAUAAUUCUAUGUCUAUUAAGAAAUGUAAAUCUCAAAGCAAAGAACAUUGUGAUAGUUUUUGAGUUUGAUGGUAUAUGAGAACCAGUUUAAUGACACGGAAUCUAGGAUUAGAUUUUGUUGAAACAGUAUGGUUUGAUGCCAUAUGAAGACUCUAUAAGACUAAAUGACCUAAUGUUCUUUGUCUGUAUGACACCAAAAUAUGCUACAACAACUGUAUAUGUUUUUGAGCAGACAUAUAUUUUAAUAAAUAACAUAACAGAGA